CAAUAUAUGAAUGACAUUUCGGUAGCUAAAUCAACUUCACAUGUGUUAUUCAAAUAAAUUUUUGGUGGAAGCCAGCAUGCUCACAGUAAAUUACGGGCAAAAUAUCUCGAAUUAUCAUCAAAAUAUUUCAAUUACGGCGAGUCCACAAGCCAAAACAUUCCAUAUGCAAAAACCGUGUUUUGACUGAAAUCGAACGAAAAGUUGUUGAACAUGUCCAAAGUAACAAAACGUAAACAUGUGAUGAAAGAAAUGCAAACAGAUGAUUUCGAUCCGCCCGGACCGAAUCAGCAAAUUGUGCGAAUCCUAGGAAGCCGAGGCAACAACUUGCACGAAGUUGAAUCGGCCGAACCAAUACCAAACAAUGGCAACGCGACCAAUGAUGAUGCGGCUGAAACGAACACCGAUCGUUUCUUGAUUUCAAUGCCGACCAAAUUCCGGAAAAAUGUUUGGGUGAAACGAGGUGACUAUGUCAUUGUGGAGCCAAUCGAUGAAGGCGACAAAGUAAAGGCUGAAAUCGUACGAAUUUUAACGCCGCAGCACAUCAAAGAGUUCACCAAAGAUGGCAUCUGGCCCGAGAAGUUCACAACAAAAAACGACGACAGCGAAGUAAGGAGCGAAGCCGUUAAUAGCUCAGAAGAUGAUGAUGACGAUUUGUUUCGAAACACAAAUCGUUCGCAUCAACACAUCGAAUCCGACGAGGAGGAAUCAUCCGGAGAUGAAACCAGUAGCGAAGAAGAGAGUGAUUGAAUGAAUGAAUACAAAAUGAAAUUUGUUUACCUUUUAUCUACUCUUAAAGACUCAAAUUCCAGCUGAUUCGUAAUGACCCAAUUCACUUUGGUCAUACAUCUGCAACUGGCUGUCGUUGUAAUUCUAAUAAAGAUAUUUGCGUUAAGUACACCAUAAACAAACAAAA